CGGCGGGAGCGCUGCAGCAGCAGUCGCUGCUCUGCAGAGCGGGGCCCGGGGCCGGGGCCAGGGCGCCCUCGCUCCCACCUUCUCCCGCCGCUAUGAGCCAAGGAAGUCCGGGGGACUGGGCCCCCCUCGACCCUACCCCAGGACCCCCGACGCCCCCCAACCCGUUCGUGCAUGAGUUACAUCUCUCCCGCCUCCAGAGGGUUAAGUUCUGCCUCCUGGGGGCACUGCUGGCCCCGAUCCGAGUGCUUCUGGCCUUUAUCGUCCUCUUUCUCCUCUGGCCCUUUGCCUGGCUGCAAGUAGCUGGUCGUACCGAGGAGCAGCUUCAGGAACCAAUUACAGGAUGGAGGAAGACCGUGUGCCACAAUGGGGUGCUGGGUCUCAGCCGCCUGCUCUUUUUCCUGCUGGGCUUCCUUCGAAUUCGAGUCAGGGGCCAGCGGGCCUCUCGCCUUCAGGCCCCUGUUCUUGUUGCCGCUCCCCACUCGACUUUCUUCGACCCCAUUGUUCUCCUGCCCUGUGACCUGCCCAAGGUUGUGUCCCGAGCUGAGAACCUUUCUGUGCCUGUCAUUGGAGGUGAGAGAGUUUCGCAAGAGGAGGUCAUCUCCAGGGGAGAGAUGACCGCUCUGAGCAAAAAAGCCCUUCUUCGCUUCAACCAAGCUAUCCUAGUAUCCCGGCACGACCCGGCUUCUCGGCGCAGAGUAGUGGAGGAGGUCCGAAGGCGGGCUACCUCAGGAGGCAAGUGGCCCCAGGUACUGUUCUUUCCUGAGGGCACCUGUUCCAACAAGAAGGCUUUGCUUAAGUUCAAACCAGGAGCCUUCAUCGCAGGGGUUCCUGUGCAACCUGUCCUCAUCCGAUACCCCAACAGUCUGGACACCACCAGCUGGGCAUGGAGGGGCCCUGGAGUACUUAAAGUCCUCUGGCUCACAGCUUCUCAGCCCUGCAGCAUCGUGGAUGUGGAGUUCCUCCCUGUGUACCACCCCAGCCCAGAAGAGAGCAGGAACCCCACCCUCUAUGCCAACAAUGUACAGAGGGUUAUGGCACAGGCCCUGGGCAUUCCAGCCACCGAGUGUGAGUUUGUAGGGAGCUUGCCCGUGAUCGUGGUAGGCCGGCUGAAGGUAGCACUGGAGCCACAGCUCUGGGAACUGGGAAAGGUGCUUCAGAAGGCUGGGCUGUCCCCUGGCCAUGUGGACGCUGGGGCAGAGCCAGGCCGGAGUCGUAUGAUCAGCCAGGAGGAGUUCAGCAGACAGCUGCAACUCUCUGACCCCCACACGGUGGCUGGAGCCUUCAGCUACUUUCAGCAGGAUGCCAAGGGUUUGGUGGACUUUAGAGAUGUGGCCUUGGCACUGGCGGCUCUGGAUGGGGGCAGGAGCCUGGAGGAGCUGAUUCGCCUGGCCUUUGAGCUCUUUGCCGAGGAGCAAGUAGAAGCACCUGGCCGCCUGCUGUACAAAGACGGCUUCAGCACCAUCCUGCACCUGCUGCUGGGGUCACCCCGCCCUGCUGCUGUGACUUUGCACACUGAGCUGUGCCAGGGGGGACCCCACCAAGGCCUCUCCCUCUGUCAGUUCCAGGACUUCUCCCUCCACGACCCACUCCACAGGAGGCUCUUCAGCACCUACCUGCGCCCCUCCCAGAAACCACAUGCCUCCUCCCCACGCACCCCUACUGCUCUGGCCAACGGGACUGUGCAAGCUUCCAAGCAGAAGGGCGACUGAGCGCCUCAGACCACCCCCAGCUCGCCUCUGGCCUACCCUGUGCCUCAAACCUGUUUGCUCCUGCUUGAUUUUUUUGUUAUUGUUGUUUUUUUUUUUUAAGUUGAUUUUUGGUUUUUUGUUUG